AUAAAAGAUGUGGAACCAUUACAUUAAAGGCAGUCUGUGAUAUCUUGUGCAAAAUCAGAUACUUAGAUAUGUUUAUUAAAAUAGCCGUAAUGUGUGCCGCGGCAGCGUGCUUUAUCGAUACAAAUAUUUUCGUGCAAGGGGACGCACCCACUUCAUCGCCGGCGAACGUUCUAGAUUCAUUCCAGAAGCAUAUGGAACAGUUUAAGAACUGUCUCGACCAGGUUCUAGCAAAAACAGUCGACGAAGUGAGCGUGAAACAAGUUCAACCCGUUUUUGAAGUGUUAGGAGACCAGUUAAACAGAUUUUCCAAGGCGUUCGAGGACUUGACAGCGACCAAGGCCCCAGCUUGAAAUAUUUGUGCAGUUACCGGACAAGAAUAUAAGCUAACUAUGAAAAGAUAAUACAACAUUAUUAACAUUUUAAUAUAAAUAAUCCCUCUUUGA